AUGCGGGAUAAAUAUCAUCAAUCUCCGAAUAUCAAAAGACAUGCGUACUUGUCGGCCCUAGCAUCACUCUUUGAGAUUUGGGGUGCACGAGCAAUGGCGCAACCUACGAUGCCAUUAGGUCCUCCUAGAGACGAUCACUGUGAUCCUGAACCCAUGAUGUCAGCCGCUGUCAGCAUGGCUGCAAAUGAGGACGUAACAAUUGUACGGCGCUUUGACGAACUCAACAUACUCAGCCUCCUGCUGCUCCAGGAUGAUAUCAACAAGCUGAGCAACGAGCUGAAGCAGCUUUGUCCGAUUCGCUCUCAGAACACAGAGGCACCAAAUGACUGUCCGUUGAUCUCCCUGUACCUUGAAUACUUAUUGAAAUCUAAAGCACACACAGAUGCAGCUUUGAUCGAUUUGGCGCGCCUAAGGAACUUGGAACCUCCGGACCCAAACGACCUGGAGCGGCUGCGAGGUGACCUGACAGACAUUGCAACCAAAUCUCAGCCCCUGAAAGAAUCACUGGAGUGCUGGGAGCCGAAGAAUGAGAAUGACCUCGUUGUCCUUCGAGGUGGGUCCGGCAGAGGAAGCCGGCUGAACAUCUGGGUCAAGCUGGGCCUUGAAAUUUUGAAGUGGGAGUUUUGGGGCAAAAGCAAGCACGGGAUAGGCUCAGACUGUCCAUUCUUUAGCAGCCUCGCGUGUGAUCGUGAUGGGAAAGAAGGGACUAAAUCUGAGCAAGGCCGAGAUGAAGAAGAAGCAUGCAUUCGCCUCGAGAUUUGUCAUGGCGCUUUUGGAGGAAUCGCCUUGAUUGUUCCGACGGCGGUGAUGUCCAAAUUUGAGGGAGUCAACACGAGUCUUGUCACAACUUCGAUAUCUGUCGUCCUCUUUGGCUUUGUGCUGGCAUUUGGAGCGAGCGACAGUACCGGCAAGGAUGUUCUCACAGCCACCGCAGCUUAUACUGCGGUGUUAGUUGUCUUUGUGGGCUCGACAUCUGGCUAG